AUGGUGAGGGGCCAAGGCUCGCGCGCCUUGGGGGAGCGAGGACAGGCCGAGCUGGGCGAGGUCCCUAGGUUCCUCUGGCGGGGAACGUGGCCAGCGCUUCCCCAUCUCAGGGUUGUGAGGGUGGAUGAACGUCUGGACAGCUGGCCGGGCAGGGUGCCACGUCAGCCCUGUGCUGCUCUGCAGUCUCUCUCUGAGGCUGUAGCUAUCACCAGGGCGGUGCUGUUUUCUUCUAGAUCUGACUCGGACGAGAGAAAGAGAUGGAGAAAGAAGAAAAGCAAAAGCAGGGACCGGCACCAGAAAAGCAAGAAGAAACGCCGCGCUAGGUCACGGGAUCGCUCCUUUAGCUCAGACUCUGAGGCAGAGAGAGAGAGGAAAAGAGGCCGCAGCAGAGAGCAAAGAAGAAAGCGAUCCAGUUCCAGGUCUUCUGUGUCUUCCGUCACAUCUCCCUCUCCUUCACGUUCCCAGAGCUCAAGGGAGGAGCUGGGGCAGCAGCUGAGCCUUCAGGAGCGACUCAGACUGAAAGAGGAGAAGAAGAAGCAGGCUGAGAUGAUGAAGGCAUUGGAGACACCAGAGGAGAAAAGGGCUAGGCGGUUGGCGAAGAAGGAAGCCAAAGAGAGAAAAAAGCGUGAGAAGAUGGGCUGGGGGGAGGAAUACAUGGGCUACACCAACACCGAUAACCCCUUUGGGGACAACAACCUGCUAGGCACCUUCAUCUGGAGCAAGGCCUUGGAGAAGAAAGGGAUCGGCCACCUGGAGGAGAAAGAACUGAAGGAAAGAAACAAACGAAUCCAGGAGGACAACCGCCUGGAGCUGCAGAAGGUGAAGCAGCUGCGCUUGGAACGGGAGCGAGAAAAGGCGAUGCGCGAGCAGGAGCUGGAGAUGCUGCAGCGAGAGAAGGAGGCGGAGCACUUCAAAACCUGGGAGGAGCAAGAGGACAACUUCCACCUCCACCAGGCCAAGCUGCGAUCAAAAAUCCGGAUCCGGGAUGGCCGAGCCAAACCCAUCGACUUGCUGGCCAAGUACAUCAGUGCAGAGGAUGAUGACCUGGCAGUGGAAAUGCACGAGCCUUACACAUUCCUGAAUGGCCUGACAGUCUCCGACAUGGAGGAUCUGCUGGAGGAUAUCCAGGUUUACAUGGAACUGGAGCAGGGCAAGAACGUGGAUUUCUGGAGGGAUAUGACCAUUAUCACUGAGGACGAGAUAGCCAAACUCCGUAAACUAGAGGCUUCUGGGAAAGGCCCAGGAGAGCGCCGAGAAGGAGUCAAUGCCUCUGUCAGCUCAGACGUGCAGUCCGUGUUCAAGGGGAAGACAUACAACCAGCUGCAAGUGAUCUUCCAAGGGAUCGAGAGCAAGAUCCAAGCAGGGGGGCCCAACCUGGACAUCGGUUACUGGGAAAGUCUGCUGCAGCAGCUUAAAGCAUAUAUGGCCCGGGCCAGGCUUCGGGAGCGGCACCAGGACGUGCUGCGCCAGAAGCUGUACAAGCUGAAGCAGGAGCAGGGAGUGGAGAGCGAGCCGCUUUUCCCCAUCCUGAGGAAGGAGCCGUCUUCUCCCAGCGACAGGCCGGACCCGGAGGAGAGCACUCCAGCGCAGCCGGGCCCCUCCAUGGAGGGAGCCCCCUCGGAGGCCAAGGCGGAGGGGGAAGGGGAGGGGGAAGCGGUGCUGAUGGAGGAGGACCUGAUUCAACAGAGCCUGGACGACUAUGACACCGGGAGGUACAGCCCCAGGCUGCUGAACUCCCACGAGCUGCCCUGCGACGCGCACGUGCUUGAGGCUGAGGAGGAUCUCCAGCGACUGCUGCUUUUGAGACAACAGCUCCAGGCCACAGGCGACGCUAGCGAGAGCGCCGAGGACAUUUUCUUCCGCAGGGCCAAGGAGGGCAUGGGCGCCGACGAGGCCCAGUUCAGUGUGGAGAUGCCCCUGACAGGCAAGGCCUACCUGUGGGCUGACAAGUACCGGCCCCGCAAGCCCCGCUUCUUCAACCGGGUCCACACGGGCUUCGAGUGGAACAAGUACAACCAGACACACUACGACUUUGACAACCCGCCGCCCAAGAUCGUCCAGGGCUACAAGUUCAACAUCUUCUACCCCGACCUGAUCGACAAGCGCUCCACGCCCGAGUACUUCCUGGAGGCCUGUCAGGACAACAAGGACUUCGCCAUCCUGCGCUUCCACGCUGGCCCGCCCUACGAGGACAUCGCCUUCAAGAUCGUCAACCGGGAGUGGGAGUACUCGCACCGCCACGGCUUCCGCUGCCAGUUCGCCAACGGCAUCUUCCAGCUCUGGUUCCACUUCAAGCGGUACCGUUACCGCAGGUGAGGGCGCCGGGCGGCUGCCCGCCACCCGCUGACUCUGGGCUGCCUCCUUUUGAAGGGGCCCUUUGCGUCAUUGCUGGACCCAUGGACGAGA